AUGAGAGGCCAGCAGCCCCUGGUGGGUUAUGUCAAGUAUUUUGUAACCGUGCCCCUUAUCAUACCACAGAGCACAGCGCUCAUGGUUUUCCUUUACUCCUGCCAACUGGGAAACCGGGAUCCACUCCUCAAUUACAUACUCUCUGCCCUCAAGCACCGUUUCCACAGUUGUCCCGACAGUCUCUUGAUCAAAAACUUGAACGAAUCAGAUGGUCCUGAGACUCUGAAGCAGAUUAAAGAGAUCAUUGGCAACCACCAGACAAGAGAUGGUGAUGAUGCCAUCUUAUACAAGAUCUUGGAAGCCCUCCGGGCAGUCGAUAAGCUGAACUCUCUCCUGCUAUCACCCAAUGCCCUCAAAACAUCUGUCAUGGGUGUCUUUCUAGAAUCAGUGGUAUCACUAUGCUGGUGUCACAUACAGCCAGACACAAAGCCAGUAAAAAGCUCUCGUUUCAAUUCCAUCCUUCACGUCGCCUCUCAGAGCAUCCCCCCCUAUCUUCUUGCCACAUCAAUCGUGUCAUUUGCUAUGGAGUCCUUUGAGAGUGGAGAUCCUGUUGCAGCAAGACUGAUAGCAUUCAGGGGCCAAGAAGCGAUCAAGGGGAGGCAUUCCGUUGUCCUGACAAUUCUGAAGGACACCGAAUUGCACGUCACCUCCCUUAUUUGGCUCCCAUGGGAAACUCCAGACACGGAGUGCGAUACUGUGAUGUCAAGGCUCCUCCCACUCUACCUGACUUGUUUUCUUGAUCCAUGCUGUGGGGAUAGCCAGUGGAUGUGGGAGAGAUGGGGGAGGGUGACCGGCAAACCAACCAGUUUUAGGCACCACAUGUACUGUGAGAUCGUAUGUGAAGCCUGCAGGCAGAGAGUAAGACUUACUCUUUGCCCUGACGAGAAGACAUCACCUAUCCCUCCCAUCUUCUUGUACCCCAACACUAUGCCUUUCAAGCCACAGAACUGGGUUCAGGACCAUUUUGAGAUGUCCCUUCUACCCAGUCGAUUGGAUAAGAACAUUUCGUGGGCUCCCAAGGCAGAGAAAAAUGUAAUCUGA